AAUUCCCAUUUCCAAGUACUAAUCUUUCAUCUCAACUCUCCUCUCAAUCUCUCCGGCGAACGACGACAAUGGCGUCAGCUUCCAAGAACCCUUUCUCCAUGAAACCCCCUCGACCUCCUUCUUCCGCCACCGCCUCCACCCCCGCCGUGGCCUCCACCUCAGCAGAACCCCAAAUUCGAAUCCCAAACCCUAACCCAACCUCAAACGCCGCACCAUCCACAUCAAAUCCACCGAUCUCAAUCUCACCGGAGGACCAAACCCUCUCGCGCUCCACUCACCUCACGCGCCCGGAGCUUCUCCGCCGCCGAUCGCACAACCUCAAGCAGCUCGCAAAAUGCUACAGAGACCAUUACUGGGCCUUAAUGGAGGAUCUCAAGGCCCAACACAGAGAGUAUUACUGGAGAUACGGCGUUAGUCCUUUUAAAGAGGAACAGAGUAAGAGACGGAGGAUUGGUGGUGACGGAGAAACUAACGACGUUGUUGAAGGUAGUGGAGAUAACGGUGCUAACAAUGACGGCGUUAAGGUUGAACAGUAUGCGAAUAGCAGUUGUGAGAGCUGUAUGUAUGGGUGUAAAGGCAAAGCUAUGCCUCUCACUAAGUAUUGUCAGCUUCAUAUUCUUAAGGAUAGUAAGCAGAAGCUCUACACUGGUUGCACAAACGUUAUCAAAAGGGCUCCUGCAGGCCCAUUACUCUGUGGAAAACCUACACUUGCAUCGACUGUACCUGCACUGUGUAAUGCGCACUUCCAGAAAUCGCAGAAGCUAGUUGCUAAAGCUUUGAAGGAUGCUGGCCACAGUGUUUCUUCAGCAAACAAGCCUCCCCCAAAGCUGCAUGUCAUAGUAGCAGCGUUUGUGAAUCAUAUUCAAACUAAAAGAAAAUUUUCAGGGAGUGAGGGUAAACUUAAAAAUGUAGUGAAAGAAGAAAAUACAAGCUGAGCCAAGCCUUUAGCGUUCCCAGAUGAAAGUUUGUACUAAGUCAUCCUGAAGUGAAAGGCUUGUGGUUAGGCUCCUCUCCACUGUACAUGAGCUAUUGGUCACCUGUCUAAUGUUGAAUGGAGACUAGCUGCACCUGAAGCGAUCUCUUAAACAAAGCAUGGAAAUAACCACUUGGCCGCCUGCCGGUCAAGCCUGAUAGACACAAAAGUUUAGUGAAACCUUAGAAAUCUUUUUUUUGAGACAUUUAUUGUAUCAGGAGAAAUCUAAUAGACUUGGAUUCCUGAAUUAUGAAUGGUGGUAAGGUGUCUGGUUGCCUAAAGUUUUUUUUUUUGGUGUUAUGCAUGCAUGCGUUUUAAGGGGUACUUUGGUGAAUGCUAUGCGUCUGAAUCUUGUGGCAAGCAUGUGUGAAAGACUGCAAACAGGAAUCUAAAACAUUUUUGAGUAAAUAUAGAACUGAGAAUUUGUUCCUGAAUGGUAAACAUAAAACUUCUUGGUUGCGCUCUGCUUCUUCGUCAGCCUUAUC